CUCAAGCCUUUGGUGGUUGGAGGUCUUCGAGAUCCUCCAAGCCUUCGCCAUCAUAAUCAGGAGAAAUUCCCAGCCUGCUACCGUUACAGCCCCGAGGCUAAGCUGGGACCGGCGUUGCUCCGCGCUUGGUUUUUCGAGGAUUUCGUGCCGGGCGUCAAGAGGUACCUGCGGCGCAGUUGCCUUCAGCAGAAGGCUGUGUUGCUCCUCAGCUCUUCACCACCACGUUCUGGUGUUGUCCAUGAGGAUUCUCCUCCUCUACAGACACCUGAUGGUUCCAUCCGUGCGCUGUUCCUCUCCAAGGGGCCCUCUGGGAGCGGAGCGGGAAGCCGAAUCCCGGCGCCGCUGGAGCAAGGGGUGGUGUCUGCCUUCAAGCAGCUCUACAAGAGGGAAUUGCUGCGCUUGGCCGUGUCGUGCGCAGCUGGAAGUGGUGGCUCAGGUGGCCCGAUGGAUUUUGUGAGGUCUUUCCUCCUCAAGGAUAUGUUGUACUUGGCUGGGCUCUCCUGGGAUCUCAUCCCACCUGGAUCCAUCGAGAAGUGCUGGUUGUUGGGACUACGUGCUGCCUUCGAGCCUCAGCCCGGGGAGGAGGAGCAUGGAGACCCACCAAGAGGAGAGGAAGGUGGAGGGGACAGCAAAGUCUUCAGUCACCUGACCCACCUGGCUGCGUUGGCCUACAAGCGCUUGGCUCCCGAGGAGGUGUCCGACUGGUUGCACUUGGAUGAUGCAUCUCCAGGUACAGAGGAGGAGGAGGAGGAGGAUGGGGAGGAAAGCGCUGAGGGCUGUGAGGAAGAUGACGACGAGGAGGAAGCAGCCAGUGGAGAUGGCCAAAAAGGUGGGGAAGGAGGAGAUGCCUUGUUGCCCACGGCUCGGGAAGCCAUCAAAGGUCUGGAGACAGCUCUGCGGUGGCUGGAGGGACAGGACCCCCGGGAAGUUGGACCUCUGAAGCUGGUGCAGCUCCGUUCCCUCAUCAGCAUGGCCCAACGGCUGCACCGUGGCCACAGCCCCCAAUCCUAG